AUGGGCCUUUAUCUUUCCAACAUUCCCGGUUGGCGUCUCAUCCUCCUUGGGGCCGCUGCAUUGUCGCUCAUUCAAUUCGUUUUCCUUAGCUUCUCCGUUGAAUCGCCGCGUUUUCUCGCAUCCAAACCUGGCGGUUUCCAUUCUGCGAAACGAGCUUUGCAACAGUUGAGAGGAAAUGCUGAUGUUGAUAAUGAGCUCGGUGGGUGGAGACAAAUCGCUUCGGAAGAAGAACUAGUGCGUGCCGAAGAUGGAGAAUAUGUAUCACGUGAAGUUGAAGACGGUGACGCCAUAACAACGGAUCCUAUUGUGGAUUCACCUCCCGUAGUUUUUCGUGCACACACUCACAGCGACGAUUUUGAUGUCUUGAAAUUCCUCACCAGUCCACAUUAUCGUCCGGCUCUGAGGGUGAUUAUACUCGUUCACCUCACGCAACAACUUUCCGGCAUCAACGCAGUCUUGUAUUAUUCAACCAAUAUUUUAUCUAAAAUCCUUCCUGAAUCAAGUGAUUUGAUCACCGUAUAUAUAAGUAUUGUAAACACUAUAAUGACUCUCGUGUCCGCUUACUUGAUGGAUAAGUCCGGAAGAAGAACCUUGCUGCUAAAUUCCAUUGUAUCAAUGAGCGCAGCUAGCACUCUUUUAGGAUUGGGAAUCAUAAACGACUAUGGUUUUCUCUCUGCAUUUUCCAUAAUAUUGUUUGUAGCUACUUUCUCUUUCGGAUUAGGACCAAUUCCAUUUUUGAUUACCCCUGAAAUUGUUGAUACCUAUGCUGUCGCCACAGCGUCAAGCUUUGGUAUGAGUUUGAAUUGGGUGGCAAACUUUCUCGUGGGCUUUGCAUUUUUGAGCGUUAGCAAAAUGGUUGGAGGAUAUGUGUUUUUCAUUUUCGCCAUAUAUCUGGCCGGAGCCUCUAUUUUAGCCAAGAGAUUUGUCCCUGAGACGAAGUCGAAGAGCGUCGAUGAAAUUUGGCGCGCACUCACACAAAAAGGGAACAAGCAACAACCCCAAGAGGUGAUUCCAAACAGUAGCAAGGCCAAGGAGGAUAACCAAGUGGCAGAACCUGCUUUAAACUUUAUGGAGCUCAAAACGAUCUGUUUGCAAUGCGGACACGUAGUGACCGCCGGCUCCGUACGCAAAUCAUUGAGUGGUAGAGCGGCAGUUAAAACGACAGUCUCCGGUGAUUUUUUGGAAUUGAAUAUGCAACUAACGAUAAAAAUUCUCAAAAGGUUAAACAUUUGCGUUAAAACAAAGUCUCAAUUACCUACCUACUGCACUCAGACUCUUGGUUCCUCGCAAUUGAUAAGAAGAAUGUCGACGGUUAUCUGUGAUCCGAUUCAUGUGUUCAUAGGCGUUAGCGGGUCAGGAAAAAGUUCAAUAGGAAAUCUGGUUUCGCAUGAUCUCGGGAUACCAUUAAUCGAAGGCGACAACAUACAUAAUUUAUCCAACAUAAUGAAGAUGGAGGCAGGAGUGCCACUCGACGAUUCGGACAGGGAACCAUGGCUUCAAUCGAUCAAAGAGGAAAUCGUAAAAUUGGUGACUUCACCGUCGAGAAUGGUGCCAAGGGUUCUGGUGACUUGCUCGGCGUUAAAAUUAAAAUAUCGGGAUCAUCUGAGACGAAUUCCUUUGGACGAUGCGGAAAUGAAAAACAUUAACGUUUGGUUUAUCUAUUUGAGAGGGAGUAAGGAAGUCUUGGAGAGAAGGCUAUCAGAACGAAAGGGUCAUUUUAUGAAGGUCGGAAUGUUGGAUACGCAAUUGAAAGAUCUGGAAGAACCGAAGGAAGGACAAGAGGAGAGGAUAAUGAUCAUAGAUGUUGAUAGGGAUUUGAAUGAAGUAAAAAACGAAGUCAUAGAUAAAAUCGAAACUCAAGUCGUUGAGUAG